AUGGACCCACGGACGGAUGCCUGGGUCGUCUACACCUUCCGGCCGCGCCCUCUGCCAAGAGGGGUCUUGGACGCAGAGCAGCGUUCGCAGGAUCUGACCGUGACCUUUGUCUGCGCCACCUGCCCUGGCCGCACACGGGCUGGCACGGAAGGCAGCGUAUCGGCGGGCGGCGCGGUCGGCGGGGCGGCGGCGGAGCCCGCGCCCCCCGACGGGCCGGAGGCGGGCGCGCCGGCGGUGGCCGAGGCCGUGGCGCCGGGCUCGCUGGCGCUGCUGGAGCCCGACGUGAGCCCGCCGCCGCCGCCCCGGCAGUCGCCGCCCGACGUGUUCGCCGGCUUCGCGCCCCACCCCGCGGCCCUGGGCCCCCCGACGCUGCUGGCCGAGCAGAUGAGCGUGAUCGGCAGCCGCAAGAAGAGCGUGAACAUGACCGAGUGCGUGCCCGUGCCCAGCUCCGAGCACGUCGCCGAGAUCGUGGGUCGCCAGGGGUGCAAGAUCAAGGCUCUGCGUGCGAAGACAAACACGUACAUCAAGACGCCGGUGCGCGGGGAGGAGCCGGUGUUCAUCGUGACCGGCCGCAAGGAGGACGUGGAGAUGGCCAAGCGGGAGAUCCUGUCCGCCGCCGAGCACUUCUCCGUGAUCCGCGCCACGCGCAGCAAGGCCGGCGGGCUGCCGGGCACCGCGCAGGGGCCGCCCAACCUGCCGGGACAGACCACCAUCCAGGUGCGCGUGCCCUACCGCGUGGUGGGGCUGGUGGUGGGGCCCAAGGGCGCCACGAUCAAACGCAUCCAGCAGCGGACCCACACGUACAUCGUCACGCCCGGGCGCGACAAGGAGCCGGUGUUCGCCGUGACGGGCAUGCCCGAGAACGUGGACCGCGCGCGCGAGGAGAUCGAGGCGCACAUCACGCUGCGCACCGGCGCCUUCACCGACGCGGGCCCUGACAGUGACUUCCACGCCAACGGCACCGACGUCUGUCUGGACCUGCUCGGAACGGCCGCCGGCCUCUGGGCCAAGGCCCCCAACCCGGGCCGGCGGCCCCCCGCACCUGCAGCCGGCCUCCGCGGGGACGGGGCUCUGGGCGCCUCCGGGGGCCCCGAGGCCUUCUACGCGGGGGGCCGCGGGGGGCCGCCGGUGCCCGAUGCGGGCCCCGCCAGCCCCUACGGAGGCUCGGGCAAUGGGGGCUUCACCUUUGGUGGGGACGGCCCGGGGGCCCCUUCGGGGCCGCCCGCCCCCGAGGACUGUGACUUUGGCUUCGAUUUCCUGGCGCUGGACCUGACCGUGCCCGCCGCCGCCACCAUCUGGGCGCCCUUCGAGCGAGCUGCGCCGCUGCCCGCCUUCAGCAGCUGCUCGGCCGUCAACGGGGCCUCCGCGCCCCCCGCCCCCGGCGCCCGGCGCAGCAGCGGGGCCGGCACGCCGCGCCACUCGCCCACGCUGCCCGAGCCCGGGGGCCUGGCCCUGGAGCUCCCGCUGGCCCGCCGCGGCGCGCCCGACCCAGUGGGCGCCCUGGCCUGGCGGCCGGCGCAGGGCGCGCUGUCGUCCUUCUCCGGCGGCGGCGCCGGCUUCCCCGCGGCCGCUUCGCUGCCCAGCGGCUCCUCGGCCUCCGCGUGCCCCGCCCUGGACUCCGGCGCCCCCGAGGGCGGCCGCAAGCCCCCCGCGGCCGCACCAUCGGCCGCCCCGACCCCGACCCCGGCCGCGCCCGCCCCGGCCUCAGCGCGGGAAUGCGUGGUGUGCGCCGAGGGCGAGGUGAUGGCCGCGCUGGUCCCCUGCGGCCACAACCUCUUCUGCAUGGACUGCGCCGUCCGCAUCUGCGGCAAGAGCGAGCCCGAGUGCCCGGCCUGCCGCACGCCCGCCACCCAGGCCAUUCAUAUCUUUUCGUAGCGGUGCGGCUCGCCGCCGCAGGCCCGGGGGGCGGCGCGGAGGGGGCGGC